CUAUGUCAUCGGUCUUGAAUUCUUUGUUUACGGUCUUAUUAUUAAAUAAUAAAAAUAAAAUUUCCUUCUUUUUUAAAAAAUACUUCCGUAAUUACUGGCUUUUCCUAAUGAUUUUGCUCAAGAAUCUUACAAGCACUAAUAAUUGAAUUGAUUUGGCGUAUAUAAUCUGUUAUCGAAGUUAUCUAACGACUAUCGGGAUUGUGUCAUGAAAGUAACAAUUAAAAGUUGGACAGGAGUAGCAACUUGGCGUUGGGAAGCGAACGACGAGAACUGUGGUAUAUGUCGUAUGCCGUUUGAUAGUUGUUGCCCAGACUGCAAGCUACCUGGUGACGAUUGUCCCUUGGUGUGGGGCGCCUGCUCACAUUGCUUCCACAUCCACUGCAUCGUGAAGUGGUUGCAUUCACAGCCUCAGCAACAGUGUCCUAUGUGUAGACAAGAUUGGAAGUUUAAUAACAAGUAAAUUGAUUACGCAAACAGUUUCGCGCAAUCAGCACGAUGUCACUACAAGGUCUGCCGCCCUUGCCGAAGAGUUUAAGCGGCUUCGCAGACGGGGAG